UCUGUCAAAAACGGCGUGUCGCAUACACACCGUUUUUGAGGUUAUAUUUUCUGCAAACAUUGGAUUAGCGUGUUAUUUUCAUUUAAUUUGCCGCAAUGUCCUUCCGUGGUAGAGGCGGUGGUGGCGGUGGCGGUGGCCGCGGCGGCGGUGGACGAGGAGGCUUCGGCGGACGCGGCAGAGGCUUCGGCGGCGGAGGUAGAGGACGCGGCGGCGGCGGCGGUGGCUUCAGACAGCAAGAUGCUGGACCUCCGGAGAGCGUGAUUCCACUGGGCCACUACGGCUGGACGGUGCAAGACGACCUAGUCUGCAAAGUGGACAUCGAGGACGUCCCGUACUUCAACGCUCCCAUCUUUUUAGAAAACAAAGAGCAAAUCGGAAAGAUAGACGAGAUAUUCGGGAAUCUGCGCGAUUACUACGUGUCAGUGAAGCUCGGGGAGAACAUUAAAGCGAAAAGCUUCAAGGACGGACAGCAAUUUUUCAUCGAUCCGGCGAAGCUGUUGCCGCUGAAGAGAUUUCUGCCGCAGCCGCCGGGCGCGAAGAGAGGCGGCGGCCGUGGACGGGGCGGCCCUAGGGGAGGAUUCGGUGGCCGCGGCGGAGGCGGUGGCUUCGGCGGUCGCGGCGGCGGCGGCGGCUUCGGUGGGCGAGGCGGCGGCGGUGGAUUCGGCGGCCGCGGCGGUGGAGGCAGAGGCGGCGGCUUCAACCGGGGAGGCGGCGGCGGCUUCGGCCGAGGCGGGGGCGGCAGAGGCGGCGGCUUCCGAGGUGGCAGGAGAUAGUGACGUUAUAUUGAAAAGACUAAUCAAAUUGACCAAGUGUAUAAAAUUGAUAAAAAUGUGCUUGAGGCCCUCGCCACACGAGUUUGACUAAGAAUUAGGUGAUGAUGUUGUUGUUGCUUAAGUCAGUGGCAUAGUUUUUAAGUGAAUUCAUGUAAUACACCUAAUUUUACCAUUACUUUUAUGUAAUGUCUGGCUUGAGAGAUUAGUUUUCUAGGCUUUAUUACUUGUAUGUCAACUAUUGAUUUACUUAGAUGUACAGGUACAAUGAAUUUAAAACUACAUAGCUGAAUGUAGAAUUUUAGGUUAAGAUUCACAACAGCAAUAACUGUUGUUACUUUUAAGAGUUUGAGCAUUAGAACACUUGUGUGGCGAGGGCCACACAAAUUAAUGUUAUGUAUAAGUUACAUAAAAAUAUACAUUUCCUUAAUAA